AUGUCGGAACAUGAUGGAACCAUCGAUGGCGAUGAGACAAUGGAGGAGGAGUCGGUGAAUUUGGACAACACCGAGGACGGCGAUGAAGAUGUUGCUGAAGAAGAGGACGUUGAAGCCGAUGAAAGCGCAUCAUCAACCCACGCUGACAAGAAAAAGUCCAAUAAGCGGCAUAAGGGACGAAAAGGAAAAGGAAAGAAGACGGCCAAUCCUGAUCCGUACAACUCGUCGUCAACCGAGAUUUGCGAAUUUCACGGCUUCGUCGACGUCGAUCUUAAUUAUGACGACGAAGAGUUUGCGAAUAUUACGAACCUCAAGACUUUCAUGAAUGUCUCGCGAACGCGAAUUCAAGAAGUCAAUCCGAAAAUGAAUACCACCAAACUUUAUCCAAUGUUCCAAGUGAAAUAUAAGGAGUAUCAAGAUCAUCUCAUUGCCACUGGCAAGUCGAUUUCAGCCAAGAAGCAAUUGAGAGCCAAAGUUUCCACUCCUGCCGAGAAGGUGGCUCCGAUAAAAAUGCGAAGCUCGACGCGUAAGCGUCGACGAAACGAUGAUUCGGAUGGCGAUCGCGAGGAUAGCGACCAGGAGUUCGAGUCGCUUCUCAAGCAGCACGAGAAGCAGCAAGACGAGCUUGAGCGCGAGAAGGAGGAGCGCAAGGCGAGUCGCGCUGCCGCCAAACAGGACAAGAAGAAGACGGCUCUUGAGAGCUAUCGAGCCAAUAAGCGCGCCAUGAAAGCCGCCGGCGAGGACGACGAAGAGGAGCAUCAAGACCAUUGCGAGGUGUGUAAGCAAGGCGGUGAGAUUGUGCUCUGCGACACUUGCCCGCGAGCCUAUCACACCGUGUGCAUUGACGAGAACAUGGAGCAGCCGCCGGAGGGCGAUUGGAGUUGUCCGCAUUGCGAGGAGCACGGACCGCCGACGCACAAGGAGGAAGAGCCGGCGCGACAGAACAUGGAGUACUGUCGAAUCUGCAAAGAGACCGGCUCGCUGCUCCUCUGCGACACGUGCCCGAGCUCCUAUCACGCUUAUUGUCUCGAUCCGUCGCUCACCGAGAUACCGGAGAACGAAUGGAGUUGUCCGAGGUGUUCGCUCACCGAGCCGCCGCAACGCGUCGAAAAAAUUCUGUGUUGGCGUUGGAAAGAGAUCAAAUAUCCGGAUCCGGUCGAGGCGGACGCGAACGACAAAAACGCGAUACUGCUGGCGCCGCCGCGAAAAAUGGAGCCGCGACGCGAGCGCGAGUUCUUCGUGAAAUGGAAAUACCUAUCAUAUUGGCAUUGCGAAUGGCUCAGCGAGACGAUGAUGGACGUGUUCUUCUCGGCGCUGGUUCGCAUGUACUGGAGAAAAUACGAUUCGGAAACGCCGCCGAUUUUCGAGGAGUCCACAAUUCAACGCCAUCAUAAAGACAAUGAUCCGUACAAUCUUCGCGAGAAAUAUUAUCAGUAUGGCGUGAAGCCGGAAUGGAUGCAGAUUCAUCGCAUCAUAAACCAUAUGCAAUACGGCAAAUCGCAAUUCGAUUAUCUCAUCAAAUGGAAGGAGUUGGCUUAUGAGCAAGCGACUUGGGAACGCGACGACAUGGACAUCGCGUAUUAUGAGAACGCGAUCAUGAAAUAUUGGAUGCAUCGCGAGAAAAUGAUAGGCGACGCGAUUCCGAAGCAAGUCCGAAAAAUUAUUGACAAGCAUCGCGAGGAGAAGGGCCUUCCGCCGUAUGAUCCGAAGGAGGAGGAAGCGGCUUCGAAGAAGAAGAAGAAGGACAAACCCACUGUUGAUAUUCGCAAGAAGUAUGAAGUGCAGCCGGAUUAUAUCACCGAGACUGGCGGCAACCUUCAUCCAUAUCAAUUGGAAGGCAUCAAUUGGCUUCGGCAUUGUUGGUCGAACGGAACCGACGCGAUUCUUGCCGAUGAGAUGGGUCUCGGUAAAACGGUGCAAUCGUUGACGUUUUUGUACACGCUGAUGAAAGAGAACCACACGAAGGGACCAUUUUUGAUUGCCGCCCCAUUAUCGACGAUUAUCAAUUGGGAGCGAGAAGCCGAAUUGUGGUGCCCCGACUUUUACAUCGUCACCUACGUUGGCGAUCGCGAUUCGCGAAUGGUGAUACGUGAGCACGAGUUCUCGUUCGUCGAAGGCGCUGUGCGAGGUGGACCGAAAGCUUCGAAGAUGAAGUCGCAAGAGAACAUGAAGUUCCAUGUGCUUCUCACGUCCUAUGAAUGCAUUAAUAUGGACCGCGCGAUUCUCUCUUCAAUCGAUUGGGCGUGUUUGGUCGUCGAUGAGGCGCAUCGUCUGAAGAACAACCAAUCGACGUUCUUCAAGAAUUUGAGCGAAUACAAUAUUGGGUAUCGUGUGCUUCUCACUGGUACUCCGCUUCAGAACAAUCUUGAGGAAUUGUUCCAUUUGCUCAAUUUUUUGGCUCCCGAUCGAUUCAAUGACCUUGAGAACUUCACUGCGGAAUUCUCGGAAAUCUCGAAGGAGGAUCAGAUUCAGAAGCUUCACGCGCUCCUCGGACCUCAUAUGCUUCGCCGUUUGAAGGCCGACGUGCUUACGGGAAUGCCGUCCAAAUCGGAGUUGAUUGUUCGAUUGGAAUUGUCGCCAAUGCAAAAGAAGUAUUACAAGCAUAUUUUGACGCGUAACUUUGACGCGUUGAACGUGAAGAGCGGUGGAACCCAGAUGUCGCUUUUGAAUAUUAUCAUGGAGCUUAAAAAGUGCUGCAAUCAUCCGUAUCUCUUUAUGAAGGCGUGCUUGGAAGCGCCGAAGCUGAAAAACGGAAUGUACGAGGGAAACGCGCUGGUGAAGAAUUGCGGAAAAUUUGUGCUGCUUCAGAAGAUGAUGAGAAAGUUGAAAGAGCGCGGCCAUCGUGUUCUCAUAUUCUCCCAAAUGACCAUGAUGCUUGACAUAUUGGAGGAUUUUUGCGAGUUUGAGGGCUACAAAUAUGAGCGAAUCGACGGUAGCAUCACCGGACAACAGCGGCAGGAUGCGAUCGAUCGAUUCAAUGCGCCGGGCGCGCAACAAUUCGUGUUUCUGCUCUCGACACGCGCUGGCGGUCUCGGAAUCAAUUUGGCCACCGCUGACACCGUCAUCAUCUAUGAUUCGGAUUGGAAUCCGCACAAUGACAUUCAGGCGUUCUCGCGUGCCCAUCGUUUGGGACAGAAGCACAAGGUGAUGAUUUAUCGAUUCGUGACGAAGAACUCGGUGGAGGAGCGCAUCACCACGGUGGCCAAGAAGAAGAUGCUUUUGACACAUUUGGUCGUGCGAGCUGGACUCGGCGGCGGCAAGGAGGGUGGCAAGAGUAUGAGCAAGUCGGAGCUUGAUGAUGUGCUUCGUUGGGGAACUGAGGAGCUGUUCAAAGAGGAGGAGCCGGCCGAAGGCGAUGGCGACAAGAACAAUGAGCAUCAUAUUGUUUGGGAUGACGCUGCUGUUGAGGAUCUCCUUGAUCGGACGAAAGGCGAGCCUGGCGAGGAUGGCGACGGCGAGAAGAAGGCGGAUUGGACGAAUGAGUACCUGAGCUCGUUCAAAGUUGCGACGUAUACAACGAAAGAGGCCGAACAGCAAGAAGAGGAGGAUAUCGAUAUGGAAGUGAUCAAAGAGGGCGAGAAGGAGCCGGAUCCGGAUUAUUGGGAGAAGCUCCUUCGACACCACUAUGAGCAGGACCAGGAGGUUGAGGCGCAGAAGCUUGGAAAGGGAAAACGCGUGCGGAAGCAGGUCAACUAUGCCGCUGAGAAUAUGGGACAGGAUUGGAAUAAUCAGAAUAAUCAGAAUGAUGAUGAUGAUGUGUCGUCGUAUGCGGGCUCGGAUGGUGGCGAUGGAAUGCAUUCGGAUGAUGAUUAUGAUGAGAAGCGGAAGAGGCGACGCGACGAGAACUCGGAGAAGUUGCCGCCGCUUCUCGCCAAAGUCAACGGGCAAAUCGAGGUGCUCGGAUUCAAUCCGCGACAGCGUCGCGCGUUCUACAACGCCGUCAUGCGUUGGGGAAUGCCGCCGCAGGAUUCGUACCAAUCGCAGUGGCUGAUUCGCGACUUGAAAGGAAAAUCGGAGCGCGCGUUCCGUGCGUACACCUCGUUGUUCAUGAGGCAUCUUUGUGAGCCGGGCGCUGAUGCGUCGGACACGUUCAAUGAUGGUGUUCCGCGCGAAGGUCUUAAUCGGCAGCACGUGCUCUCGCGAAUCGGAUUGAUGAGUUUGGUUCGACGCAAAGUGCAAGAGUUUGAGGAGUUCAAUGGCGAAUGGUCGAUGCCGGAACUUCAAGAUCAGAUUGUCGCGCAGGCGGCGAACGCCGACGUCGCCGCGCCGGCGACCAACACCAACUCGGUGGAGACGUCGCGCGAGCAGAGUGUGGCGGCAUCGGACGUCAAAGAAGAGAAUGCGGAUGCGACGCCGGGAUUGGAGCCGAUGGACACGAAUGAUGAGAACAAGGCGACAGUGGAGGAGGCGGAGAAGAAGAAGUCGGAUGAGGAUGUCAAGAAGGACGAGUUGUCGGCGAAGAAGGGCAAUCGGCCGCCGUUCAAAUUCAACAUCACCGAUGGCGGAUUCACCGAGCUGCACACGUUGUGGCAGAAUGAGGAGAAGGUUGCGACGAACGGAAAAGAGUACGAGAUUUGGCAUCGACGGCAUGAUUAUUGGCUGCUGGCAGCGAUUGUCGUUCACGGCUACGGACGAUAUCAGAUCAACUUCCAGGAUAUUCAGAACGAUCCGAAAUUUGCGAUUAUCAAUGAGCCGUUCAAACAGGAGAUUCCCUCUGGGGCGAAUUUCGCCGAGAUCAAGACCAAAUUUUUGCAGCGACGAUUCAAGCUUUUGGAGCAGGCGCUCAUUAUUGAAGAGCAACUGAGACGGGCGGCCUAUUUGAAUCUGCAGAAUAGCGCCGAGAGCACGGCGGCGACCGGACAACUCGCGCAAAGGUUCGCCGAUUUGGAGAAUGUCGCCGACGCGCAUGCGAAUGUGGCGAAAGAUAGCGCCGCUGGAAAUCGCAAUGCGAAUGCGGUCCUUCACAAAGUGCUUAAUCAGCUCGAUGAGCUCCUUUCCGAUAUGAAGGCCGAUGUGUCGAGGCUUCCGGCGACGUUGGCUCAACUUCGGCCGGUCACCCAUCGAUUGAAUAUGACGGAGAGACAGAUACUGUCGCGUCUUACCACAAAGGAUCCUGAGGCGACUGCUGGUGUCACACCUUUGCCGCCGCCGGGACCAUUUGUGACGCCGAUGCUUAAUCAGCAGUUCCAAGGAAUUCAGCCAAAGUUUGCGGCGCUUCAUGGAAGCAAAAACGAGGAAGUAGUCGAGGAGAAGAAGGUUGAAGAAGAGGCGGUCAAAGAGGAGGUGAAGGAGGAGCCGAAGGAGGCGGAAGUUGAGGAGAAGGCUGAUGAGAAUGGUGAGGAGCAGCCGCCGAAACUCGAGGAGAUUCCCGAAGGAGCGAAGGCUGAAAUGAUUGCCGAUGAGAUGGAGAAGAUGGAAGUCGAGGAGACGAAGGUGGAAGAGGAGAAGGCCGAGGAGCCUCAAAUUGAGGAAGCGUCGGCUCCUCCGAUUCCGGCGUCAGCUCCGGAACCAGUUGCUGAGCAGAAGGAGGAGAAUGGUGAAGAAGGUGCGAAAAAUGAUGAGGAUUUGCUGCCGAUUGUGCACGCGAUCAAUCGGAAUCAGAAGACGUGUGUGAUUCAUUUGGAAUGCGUCGACACGUGGAUUCGAGAAAUCAACUCGGACGCCGUCGCGGAAGUCUCGACAGUCUCAUUCUCGUCGAAAUCGCCGAUAUUGAGCGGCGACGUUGAGGCGAAAACGGUGAUUUUUCAAGAUUUCGACAUCUACCUUGACGCGUUCGGAUUGCGAGAAUCUAUAAUAUUGCUCAAUGAGCUGAAAAAAAACUCGCGAGUUUUUGUGGUUUGUCCGACGUCCACGGUGAAAAUCGACGAGUUCAAAGAAAUUUCGGCGUUCGCUUCGGCGAUCUACACGAUUCGAAAACGCACUGAGCCGCCAUCGGAAUUUGUGGCUUUCUCGGUGACAUACGACAAAAAGGGCAGAUUGAGCAAUCAGGAGGAGAUUAUCACAAUGGUGGCGAAUGGAAAACCGAAAUUGCGCAAACUCUGCGAUGUUGAGAAAGAGAAGGAGACUGAUGCGUCGGUGAACGACAUCAGAGCGGCGUUCGAGCUCGACGUUCAAAUCAAGGAAUCUGAGAAGGCGGCGAGAGACGCGCUUCUGUUGCCGCACGUCAGGAAUCGGCAAGAAGACGGCGUUGCGAUACGCGAUCAGAGUCGAAGGAAGAUUCGAGCCGGCGGUCAGAUUAUCUAUGAGCCUGACCAAGCGGAUGAUUUUGACGACAGCGAUCCCGAUGAUGAUUUGAACAUUUGA